AUGGAAGAUCACGAAUCGGAACCAUUUCUAUUGGAGAGUCCAUAUACGGAAAGGAAAGCAUCAGAAUCCUCGACGGACUUACUUCCAAACAUCGAAUUACCUCCGAGAGGUUCACUUCUUAGAUAUGCAAGAUGGACGGUCUUUGGAGUCUAUAGACGGAUCUUCCUUGUUGUACUACUCCUGAAUAUAUGGCACGGACACAAAAUCAUCACGAUGAAGAGGAGGUCAAAGUAUUCGCCCCUGCUGGUUGAUAUAUCGACUGCUGCAGCCGCAAAUAUGCUGGUAGCAGUUUUGAUACGCCAAGACUACAUCAUCAAUACCCUAUUUCGAAUUUGCUGGUUAGUACCAUUUUGGGCACCUCUUCGUCUUCGACGGUCUCUAGCCAAAAUGUACGAAUAUGGAGGCCUUCAUAGUGGGACAGCUGUUUGUUCAGUUCUAUGGUUCUCACUCUUGUCCGCUAUCCUGACUUGGGAAUUCAUCACAAUCCGAAUCGCUGAUCCCCUGAUCAUGAUGUGUACCUUCUCCGUCAUUGCCAUCCUUUGGGCAAUGCUCAUUACAGCCUACCCAGCUUUUAGGUCUUGGGAACACAACACAUUCGAGAACAUUCAUCGAUUUGGUGGAUGGGCAGUCCUGGGUCUUUUCUGGCCUGAGCUUUGGCUCUUCACUCGCGCUCUUGGACAUCAAGCAGGUCCAGCUUCCCCAGGAGCAGUACUCACCAAAUUGCCUGCCUUCUGGCUUCUCAUUGCAACCUGUUUUCAUGUCGCACUUCCCUGGAUGCGUCUCCGACGACUCAAGAUCCAGCCGGAACGCCUAGGUGUUGGUGUUCACGCUAUUCGCCUGCAUCUCUCAGAGAAAGUCUCGAACUGUGUCGUCUAUCGUAUAGCCGACUCACCAUUGACAGAGUGGCAUUCAUUCGCUUGUAUACCAGAAAGGAAUGGGCAAGGAGGUUCUCUUAUUGUUUCUAAUGCCGGGGACUGGACAAGAAGAGCUAUCAACAACCCUAAGAAAUUUUACUACACUCGAGGUAUACCAACUGUUGGUGUGUUGUGCAUGGCUCAGCUUUUUCGGAAAGUGAUUAUUGUAACGACGGGUUCUGGUAUUGGACCAUGUUUGGGGACGAUGAUGAAUAUACCGGCUACGAGAUGCAGAGUUUUGUGGUCUGCCCCUGAGCCAAGACACACUUUUGGCGACGACAUUUGUGAUAAAGUCUUAGAGGUCGAUCCAGAAGCGGUGGUGAUUGAUACACAUGCUGUUGGGAGAAAAGACUUGGUGAGUCUGGCUUAUAAGCUGUACAUAUCUGACGGAGCAGAGGCUAUAUUCUGUGUAAGCAACAAGGCGUUGACAAAGCAUUUGGUAUAUGAGAUGGAAAGUCGAGGCGUGCCGGCUUAUGGGCCUAUAUGGGAUUCAUGA